AUGAAGAGUAGUCACAAAGGGAAGAAUCAUAGUACCAAGUUAGCAUUUGCUCCUCCUGAAUAUUUGCACCUAGGUAUUUUGAUACGUGAGAGCGUCACAUAUAGCUUUGGGACCUUGUUAUUGGAUCUUAUGAGCGGUAGACAUAUUCCUCCAAACCAUGCGCUUGAUUUGUUCCAAGGCAAAAACUAUUUGGUGCUAAUGGAUUCAGCUCAGGAUGGUCAGUUCUUUGAUGAAUCUGCGUCAAACAAUCUGCCUGAAAAGACUAAACCUGUAACAGAGCCACUUAAGUUGACUCCCUUUGGAGAUGCAUGUUUGAGAGUAGAUCUUUGUACCAUACACGAACUACUCGAGAAACUCGGGUAUGGAGAAGAAGAUGGGGUCGCGCACAUGUGUUCAGCGGAGGCUCUGAGCGAGGCGAUGCAAGCGCAAGUAGGUUCACCGGAAUGGCCAAUCGCUCUUUACUUACAAGCCGUUUGUCUCUUUAAGCUAGAUAUGGAAGCUGAAGCUAAAGAAGCACUUAGAUAUGGCUCUGAUCUUGAGCCUUAUUAG